AUGCAGGAGACACCUGCUGCAGCAGACCCCAGUGAUACCGAGGCUGCAGAGAGGAUCCCCGAAAUCAAGUCCCAAGCCGUGGAUGAGUACCUUGGACCUACAAGGUGUCCCCCCGGCCAGAUCAACAAGGAGCCCUGGAACGACGCCAGCGACGUCGUCCAUGGAGAUAGUGCGAAAAGUAUGGAUGGAGCGGCACCCCUCCUUUUGGGCCGCGAGCGGUAUGCGGCCGACCAGAAAGAUGAGUCGCGGACAGACGCUUGGUUUGUUUUGGGAGCUUGGGAUCGGGAUCGGAUACGGCUGCCAAGCAGAGCAGAAAGGCUGCAAAGGCCUGCCGGGCAAAUUCUUUUGCAACUCGCGUGA